GAGCCUUACCAUCAAAACACAAUCGGUACCAUCAAUACCAUCACAUUCCUUUCUUCUACCUCAGGCAGGAGCACCAAGAGUUACCAGCAACUAGCCAUUCAUUCCUUGACUCUACGUCUAGACAUCACUAUUAUCCGACCCAUAACACUAGCACAGAAGACAUACCACUUAGUCUUAUCUACGAUGUACACUGUCGCCAAAGCCGUCAUUGCUCUGGGUGCGUUUAUUGCCCCAUCCGUUGCCUUCUCUGGUGACAUGACGUAUUAUGCUCCAGGCCUUGGUGCAUGCGGUAACGUCAACACAGAGAGCGAUGCCGUUGUCGCCGUGUCCUCUAGCCAGGACGGAAACUGUGGAAGGACAAUCAACAUCAGCUACAACGGCAAGACCGCCAGUGCCACAAUUGUGGAUGAAUGUCCCGGUUGUCCUGUCGGCAGCAUUGACGUGUCCCCCGUUGUCUUCGAGCAGCUUGAAAGCUUGGAUGCGGGACGUGUCCAGGUCACUUGGGAGUACGCCUAGAUGGCCGGAUAGAGUUGCCUAGAUGGUGUCCACGGUGCAAUUGACUUGUACAUAUUAUUGGUUCGAAAGCAGUGCUGGGGACGUAUAACCUGCAUAUAUUCGUUUCUCUUGUCGUUGGGGCAUUGUCAUUGGCAUAGAAAGGGGUUGCGAAAACGGAAUUGGAGGAGUCGGCGACUCUCAGAACUGUCAUGAUGGGCCGGCCUAUUGUCCGUUUCCGUGGUCACCGGUCAGGAACCGGAUAUACUAGCUAAGGAAACUCAUAGACCAAUAUAGACUUGCAUUGCAUGCUCAAUACUACCUACC